GCGCGGCGGCGGAGCGGCUCAGACCUGGUGGCGGUGGCGCUGAGGCGGGCGCCCAUGGCGGAGGCGGGUGGCGCUGCGGCGGCGCCGGACAUCGACCCCGACUUCGAGCCGCAGAGCCGGCCGCGCUCCUGCACCUGGCCGCUGCCGCGGCCUGAGCUGCCGGCGGCGCCGGCGGAGGCGGGUGGCGCGGCGGGCGCGGCGGAGGAGGGCGCAGGUGGCGCGGCGGCAGGGCCCGGGCGGGCCGAGGCGCGGGCGGGCGGCGCGGCGGCGCGGAAGGGCGGCUCCCGGCGCAACGCCUGGGGCAACCAGUCCUACGCCGAGCUCAUCAGCCAGGCUAUCGAGAGCGCCCCCGAGAAGCGGCUCACGCUGGCGCAGAUCUACGAGUGGAUGGUCCGCUCCGUUCCCUACUUCAAGGACAAGGGCGACAGCAACAGCUCCGCCGGCUGGAAGAACUCUAUUAGACAUAACCUGUCCCUGCACAGCAAGUUUAUUAAAGUCCAUAAUGAAGCCACAGGGAAGAGCUCUUGGUGGAUGCUCAAUCCUGAGGGUGGUAAAAGUGGAAAAGCACCAAGAAGAAGAGCUGCCUCCAUGGACAACAGCAGCAAACUCGCAAAAGUCAGAGGUAAAGCAUCCAAAAAGAAGCCUCCUCUCCAGUCUGCUUCAGAAUCAACUGCUGACAGUCCUGGCUCCCAAUUCCCUAAGUGGCCUGGGAGCCCGUCCUCAAGAAGCAAUGAGGACUCUGACGUGUGGAACACCUUCCGGCCUCGAACCAGUUCCAAUGCAAGCACCAUUAGUGCCAGGCUUUCCCCUAUCCUGACAGAGCAGGAUGACCUCCACGAUGAAGAGCUGCUUCCUUCUCUAGUGUACUCCAGUGCAUCCAGCAAUGUACCACCAACUGUGACUGAGGAGCUUGAGCUCAUCGAUGGGUUAAAUUUGAUGUCUCCCAGCUCAUCUGUGUUAUCUACCCAGCAAUCUGCCUCGAGUGGUCAGAUCCAGAGAGAUUCCAGCUUUUCCUUGCAAGGCCCGAAUGCAGCUGGUCAGACCGCUACUUUUGGCAAUUCCCUGUUUAACCGUGUUGAUAUCUCGCUGCAAAGUUCUGUCAGCCAUUUCUCUGCCCCUCAGACCUUGGAAGCUCUUCUAACACCCAGCUCUCCGCCUCCGAGGGAUGUUAUGAUGACUCAGGUGGAUCCAGUUCUCCCGCAGACUGGUAGCAGGAUGAGCAGCCGAACUCUUCUGCUUCUAGGUGGACAAGCUGCCCAGAGUAAGAUGAGCUCAGGCAAUCCACGAGGAAAGCCUACAGAGCAGCAGGCAGAGCCAGUUGGUGCCAGUGUUCUGCCAUCAACACUUCCCAUGGUAACAUCUCCUCAAAACACUGCCAGCAUCACCAGUUUGAAGGCUCCAGUUUCUGCAACAACUGCCCAGUCGGUCCAGCUGGGCAGUCCACUGCUUCUUUCUUCUGCUAGCCCUGCUCCCUUGGGAUUGAACCAGGACAGGCUGCCCAUUGACCUGGACAUUGACAUGUACAUGGAGAACCUUGAAUGUGAUAUGGAUUACAUAAUCAACAGUGAACUCAUGGAUGGAGAAGGACUGGACUUUAAUUUUGAACCUAUUCUGUCUACUCCCAGCUAUCCCAGCACCUCACAGGCCUCCAACCAUACCUGGGUACCAAGUUAACUUCAGGAGCACUAAAAGUGUCCUUCAGGUUUUGAACAUCGGGUUCUGACUUCAUUUUGCACCCCUGGCAGAGAAAGGAAUGGAGCACGUUGGAUUCGGUUUCCCUGCACACCACGCCUUGGGCAGAAGUGGCUGCCCACCUGGGAAGAAGGGGCAACCUGCAUCUGGCUGCAACAGGAAGAGUUUAAAAAUAAUAAUCCUGUUAUGUGCCAUGGCUCUUCCUACAAACCUGACCCUGCCUUGGACCAUCUGGAGAAACCCUGGGCUGUACAUGUCCAAAGAGGAGCCCUGGUAAAAACCUCAGCCCGAAGACUCUGUGCGAGGCUAUAGCGUUUUCCCAUGUGAAGAGUUGUUGGAGGAAUCUCUCAAUGGCUAUCCUCUCUCUGCUAUGGCAGAAAGUCUCCCAGUGCCUUGGACUGGCAGAGGGCUGGCUCUGCUCUCACUUGGUUUGCCCUCUGGGACUAAGUAGUUGGACGUUUUCAUUAAGCCACCAGAUGCGCACUUGGUAUCCCACAGACUCGCAGAGGAAUUGGAAGGAGCUUGUUGGUGGAAGCCCUGUGGGAAAAGGGUGUGCUAUAUUGGGGUUGGUUUCAGUGGUUUCAGUGUGCCCGUCUCUGGAGCAGCCAUCAUCGUUCUGCAGGGAGGUGUGGUGGUCGUGGUGUAGAAGGCUUCCUCAUGUCUAUCUGAGUGGAACAGGAGGACAUUGAGUUUUUCACUGUGCCAACUGAGCCCCAUUGAAUCAGAAGCAUAUUUCAAGAAGUCCCUAUGCUUUUCUCAGCACUUUCCUGAUACACCAGGCUGCUGUAAAAUAAGCACAGGUGCUAAUAGCUGUUUCUGGGACAUAAAAACAUCCUUUUGGGUUUGUUUCUGAUCUGUCUUGCUACAGCAGAGAAAUGGAAAGCCUGGGUGUGGCCUUAACAGAGCCCUGGUUGCUUUUCAGAAGGGCAUUUUCUAUAGAUGAAAUAUUUUUUUACUAAUCUGGGAACUUUCUACAGUAAAUAUGAAGCCAAUGUUAAGUGUGUCCCCAUGAGGCGUAUUAGGCAUAUCUCCCUCUGAGAAGGUACCAGUGACAGACUUCUUUCAGAGCUGUAUUAGGAACAAAUGCAUUUGAUGUUUGAUAAUGUAUAUGAUUGAGGGGAAAGAAUUGGCAGGUCCUUGUGGUUUCAAACCACCUUGGGGAAGAGUUGUACAUUAUUGUAAUCUAUAUGUAAAAGUAGCUGCAAAUUACAUAGAAGCUUUUCUAAACCUUUUUAAAUAUAUAUUAUAUAUUUUAAUUGAAAAUGAGAUUAUUGGAUUAAAAACCCCCCACAUUUGCUGCAUCUGUCCCCUUGAUACCAGAUAACACUACAGUAUGGGAGGGGACAGGCCUAAGGCAUUUUGGGCCAAGAAGCUGAAAAUGUCAUUGGAAAAGUGGGAAGGGCACCACAGUGUAACUGGGGAAUGGCUGCUCUCCCCAGAACAGGUGGAAGGUGCCUGUGUGGCAUGGCAUUCAGCCACAGCUACUCAGUCUCUUUCCUCAACUGGGCGCUCCGGCCAAGCCAAGAGCAUGAUGUUAGGGAAUGCUAAUCAUUAACAGCACGCUCAUUCUCAGCUAAUCCCUUAAGUAGCUGGACUACAGCUGAUACAUAGGACAGAUUCCCUAGUCUGCUAAGAAGAUGGUGUGGACUGGAUCAUGCUAGAUCUGCUGACACUCUAGGUAGCCCUUAUGGAGGACACAUGAUCAGUUGUAUUUGGUAGCUCGCUUUUUGGUUUCCAGAGGUUUUUGUUUUCUUGCUGAAGUUUCUGCUACUGCUGGGGAACUUGAACCCUGUAGGCACACACUUGGGGAUGUGCCUAGGAUCCUGCCCUGUCUCUUUGUUCUUGCAGGACAGAAGCUAGGAGUCAAGAGGUUAGUUCAGAGCAUUAGCUGGCAUGUUCCUGUCACCUUUUUGGUGUUUGCAGUGGCAGGAUAUGUGGGAGGCAUGGUGCUUUCAUGGUGUUCUGGUAGGCUUGGUCCGGCAGAAAGCCUCUCCAAUCCUUUCUGAAGGUGGCACUGGCUUCUGUUCAGAAGGUUUGUAUCAUGCAGUGCGAUGAGCCAUACUGUUUUACCACCUUGUCUCCUCUGUUUUCAUGGGUUUCAUUUCAUUUUCAUUUGAGUGGAGAUUGGAACAGGAGUGGUUUGUCUGGUUACCUGUAACAAGGAGUCUUCAACAGUCUUAUCUUUAGCAUGCUCUGCCAUCAGAGCCUUUCAAUAGUUUGAUAACCUUUGCUUCAUGGCAGACCUCAUGGUGAUAUGUUUCAAAUUUACCUACGAUCCGCAUGUCUGGCCACACCUUGUUGUAACAAACAAACAAAAAGGCAGAUCCUAAGCUGAGAUCCCAGAUCUUGCAGACUUGAGUCAUGGAUGUACAUUCUCAUUGCAGUUAGUUCAUUACACAAAUGGAUAGAUACUCUUUCCACGAACACCUGAAGGCAUGUGCCGCACAUAAGAAUCGGCUGUUCUAGGCUGCAGCUAAUAGAUCUGGCAGGAUUUGUGUUAUUUGGCACGUAAUAUGUCACUUUGUCAACUUGGGACCUGAGGGGAAAUGAAUCCCAUGAUCUCCAGAGCAAGUUGACUGGCUGCCCAUGCUUCACAGCCAUGUAUCAAAGGACAAGACACUGGUAUGUGUAGUCAUGUUACAUGUGAAUCUAUAGCUCAUUUCUCAUGAAAAUGGAGCCCAAAGCAAUAGGAUGGACAAUAUUAGUAAACAGUGCUUCAGACUUGCAAAUCCAUGGUGAGCCGUUUCUGGCUGGGUUGGUCUGUGGGGAAGAAGUGCUGUCUUCAGGCUGUUCCAAGGUGUCCCCUAGGUGUGACAGCACUGGGGACCUGGCGUGAUCUCUAGCUGCAGAGAACCUGGCCCUGAGCACUUAGGUAGCGCCCUGGGGGGAUCUGACAUUAUCUCAGCUAGUACAUGUCCUCAACAUGUUCCAGCUGAAGGAGCUGCAGCCCAGGUACACCAAGGCCUGUUGGUGCCCUACAGUGUGAGUUCAUAAGAGACCCUGUCCUUUUAUUAAGGAACAGAGCACCUAUCUAUUUCUGGGUUUUUUUCCAUACUCCCAGGUCAGACUCCUGGGGAAUCGCCUGUCCUGGGGACAGCACUGGAGACAGAAGCACGUCUGGCGGGAGUCCUGCCGUACCAGUGUGCUGACAGUGAUGUCUGUCUUGCGGCGGUCCGUGCAGGUGCUCUCUGUCUCCUCAGCACAAUGGGAGCUGGCAGUGGUUGACGAAGCCUGAGAGCAUGCUAGGGCUGAGGAUGGCAUUCAGAAGACUAACGGUGCUCUGGGAGUGCUCAAUAAACCAUGAAUGUAAUGUUGCAGGCUCAGGCAGGCAACUUAGCUUCUGGUUUGUAUGUGUAGCAGGAUAGCUUGGAUCAUGGGCACAGAGGGCAGGGAUGCAGAGAAUUCAGGAGUUCUCCAGCCCCUUCUCAAAUAACUUCCUUUUCAUAAACCUUGAGCUUUUCUAGCCUGGGAUAUUUCCUCAUAGGACACAGGAGACUUUAAAGUUCCUAAACUGCUGCUUGCUGAAAGGCUGUACCUGGCAGAGGGUUGCUCAAUACUUGUCCAGUUUUUUGUGUUCUUGCCCAAAGUGUUUGCUACUGACUGCUGCUGGAUUCAGGAUAGUGUCUUGGUGGGUCUUUGUUCUGCGUUAGUACUGCAGGCCCUGCACUUGUGGGCUAGUUUUUGCUCUAAUGAAGGAUUGGGCUGGGAUUUCGAGAGCAGCUGUGAGCUGGGUGGGGAGGGGCCCGUGACAUGGGGAGUGAUGCUCCUCCGUA